GGUUCGAUUCCUGCCGCGGCACUAAUCUCCUUUGGCAAAACACUAAUCUAUACCAUAAACUUUCUCAAAUCACCCACCCUUAGAUUCCAGCGCUACUGAUGCUCCACCCACGACAAUCCCUCCCCAGAUAAGGCCUGUAGUUUACCUCCAGGUGCGUCUCGUUGAUGGCGCAACGGAUCGAGAGGGUCGGGUGGAGGUCUACUACAACGGCUCCUGGGGAACGGUGUGCGAUGACCUCUGGGACAUCAGCGACGGUCACGUAAUUUGUAGGAUGCUGGGUCUGGGUGAGGCGCAGUUAACACAAGGGUAUGGAGCAGGAGAGGGACCUAUUAUCCUUGACAACGUGACUUGCCUGGGGACAGAAGACAACCUUGGGGAAUGCCAGCAUCCAGGAUUGUUUGAGAAUAACUGCAGCCAUGCGGAGGAUGCUGGAGUCAAAUGUUCAGCCACUACUCAGGCACCCCCUAGAACACUGCAGGUGCGCUUGGUGGAUGGCAACACGCCCAAUGAAGGUCGUGUUAAAAAAAAAAAUCACUAA